CCCCUCAGACAGGUGCCUAGUCCCUCGUGCGGAAUAUGAUCGAUGAUCUUUAGACGCUGCAUUAUAGCUGGUUUUUUUUUUAAUUCUGAUAACUUAGAUAUUUUUUCGAUUAAAUGGCCUUUUUAGCCGUUUGGGUCGCAUCCCUAGAUCAUUUUAAAUCAUGGUUUGAGCGGUUCGUUUCUUCUCACCGUUGCCAUUUUCUUUUUGAAGCAACUGAAACUCAGACCUCAGUACUAUUCCAUUGGUUUUAGUUAAUCUAUGCUCGCUUCUGUUAAUAAUUCAGCCUUGUUUGCAUAAUGUUCUGUUGUUAAUCUUCAUGAAUUCAAAACGGGGUGCAGUGAAAAGGAGAAACUUUUUGCAUGUCUCGCGAAAAUGUUUUCUUGAAUUAGCAAUCUACUCUCAGAAUCCUUAUCACUCGAAAUUUUAUUUGCCAGUUCAAGUGUUUUAUUUUCUUCGACAAAGUUUAUCGCCCGCUUCUUGAUAAGAACUCGGAAGUUAUUUUUCAAAAAUUCAAUUCUAAGAGGGUCAUGUCAAUACCGUUGUUAUCCAACUGAAUGACAUUAAAGUUGACAAUAAAAGUAGUUGUUUUCGACCAUUUUUGCGCGCUAUUGUUUAUUUUAAGAAUUGUUUACUCGAUCUGCUACAAACAAGUUCUGUGAUGAGGCUGCAUUUGGGGGGCGUGGACUGUAGUAAACACACUACGUACAAAAUUAGAAUUUUUAUCGGUUAUUUACCCAUUAAUUAUAGUGGCGUGAGAUAGUUUCUUGUAAUCGUUGCCCAAAUGAAGGAGGUGUGUCUGAUAGUAUUGACGUACCAGAAAAAGAAACGGUAAAAGUUGCAAUUUUGCAGAGCCCCCACCUUGGGAACCAGAGAAGUUUGAGUGCUUUAUUUAGAGAUAAAGGCAACCAAACAUCUUAAUCUGAUGAUCCCAUUGUGAAAUGCACCCACAAUCUUUAUCGAAGCAAUUAUGCAAAAAAAAAGUGGGCUAAUCUCACAAUUAGUUUCAAUGCCAACAAAAUUAAUUCUAGUGGAAGCGGAUGGUGGGGUUUUUGAUUAACAAGUGAAAGCUAUUUAUAGUAUCGGUUACCGCAAAUAGCAACGCUUUAUUAGUGCAAAAUCGAAUUUUAUAGUUUCUUCUUUGAAGAUCUCUUGGUUUUUUGAGUUUACAGAACAAUUUCUUGAGUUUGAUUCAAAACCGUGAGGUCAUGGAAUCUUGCUGCACCUACAACUCUUUGCUUAUGAGCGCAUCGAGAAUGUCUUGGAGGAGAUUGAAGGAAGGAUUUGGAAGAGAUGUUCUGCGUCCAUCUAAGAAGUUGAAAAGUGAAUCCUGUAGUCGCAGAACGGGAGUAACAAUCAUCCCCAAAAGUUUGGCCCCUUUAGCAAGAUUAAGCAGCUGAUGGAUAUGAUGAUUUAGAAAGGCUUGACGUGCGUAAAAAUUUCGCUUUGAAACGCAUCGAGCAUGGAUUCUUUAGGAAAAGGAGCAGUUUAAAGAAGGUGGCAAACUUGAACUGUAACCAGGUAUGUUGAAAGGCAUGCCUAAUUAAAAGGAACUGGAUUUAAGCAGAAACCAAAUUGAAAAAUUGUCGUUUACUCACCGACGUUUCCGACAUUAGCGCAUAACGACAUCAAAAGCCUAUCCACGAAGGUGUUUUACGGACUUCCAUUCUUGGUAAAUCUCGAUCUGAGCUUUAAUCGUCUCCAAGGUUGGAACGACGAAGCCUUCUCCUACGUUAACAUGCUUCAACAUCUCAACAUCAGCAACAACGCGAUAAUGGAGCUCACCCCCGCCUCCUUCAAGAGACUAAACCCUCUCGUCACCCUCAACCUGGAAGGCAACUACCUCGAGAGUUUAGAAUAGGACAGCUUCUUCGGUUUACCCCGCUUGGACCACCUCAGCGUUAACAACAAUAAGCUCCAAGAAAUCGACACCUACACCUUUGAUGCCAUUCGCAAACUCAAGGUUUUGCUAUUGGAAAACAACGAAAUUUUCAUCUUCGGCCCGGAAGUCUUCCACAACUUGGACAAGGUCGAGUUUUUCACCUGCAAUCGCAACAGCACCCCCAAACUCGAACUCGAUACCUUCAAAGGCUUCUCGGGGGUAACCACUUUACACCUGACUAACAUGAACAUUGAAACCUUGGACGAAGAUUGGUGUUCCAGUUUGUAUUCCGUCACCGACCUCGACUUGAGCCAAAACAAACUCACUCAUCUUCCACCGUACGCAUUCCGCUGCACCAAAGCGCUGACCAAGCUAAACCUGCGCGACAACCUCAUCGAAACCGUCGACACGCGCACGUUCGACACCGUCUUCAACUUGCAGCACCUGGACCUAUCCAACAACAAACUGCGACAAGUCCCCAGCAACAUCUACGACAACUUGUGCAGCGUCCUAACCCUAAACUUGGCCCACAAUCUCAUCGUCUCCCUAAAUCCACUCUCCUUAAUCGCCUUUCGAGGACUGAACAAGCCGGACCUCUCCUACAACCAAAUCGAGAUCAUCGAACCCGACGCCUUCCUCGCGAACCACAAAUUCGUAAGGCUCAGCGUCAGCUUCGGCUGCGACCUCCUGGAUCGCGUCCACUAACUUAAUCGACAGAGCGAAGAAACCGAGAAGCGCGAUACAUCUGCCGGAACGGUUGAGAAACUUGACGAGGCUCGAAUUCGACAGCUGCUGAAUGACGCACCUCGACAUCGACACCUCCACCGUCGCGAAACUCGACAAUUCCAAGACGUAGACCUGCUGAUGAUGAUAUCACACAAACCAACCAGUUAAUUACAAACUUUCGUCAUUAAGUAUCUUGUAGGUAUAUAAUCAUUAAAGUUGCAUGCCUUUUGGGUCGCGUAAUGCACCCUCCA